UUUCUGGAGCGAGAGGCGGGCCUUUCGGAAAAGCAGGAAUGCGCUGGAAGUUUUCCUGCUGAAAAAGCUCCCCUUCACAUGCUGAGCUGCGUCCGUCCCGCGUCCCGACAUGGACAUGUGGCCGCUGGUGCUCCUGUUCGUCCAGCUCUGCUCCUGCUCCGGGCACGAAGGGUCAGGACAGUAUGCCUACGGAGACGAUGAAGACUGGUAUUCUCGUAGAUACAAAGGCACCCCGUGGUGCGCGCCCAUCAAGGUGAAGCAUGGCGACGUGAGCUGCCGCACACCCAGAGGGGAGCACUUCAGGAACGUGAUGGGCACCCGCUGCAAGAUCCGCUGCAAGCAGGGCUACGAGGUGCAGAGCCCGGAGGUGGUGUGCAUGGCCAGCAAGCACUGGUCCUCCAACUACGCCUGCAGGGAGAUCCGUUGUCCCAAGCUCGACAUGCCCAUAAACGGCGGCUACAAGUGCUCAGAUGGCUCCUACUUCAACUCCCGCUGCGAGUUCUUCUGCUCCCCCGGGUUCAGCCUGAAGGGCCACAAGACGGCGACCUGCCAGCACAACAAGGCCUGGAGCAUCGGGCUGCCCACGUGUGUCGACAUCGAACCUCCCAAAAUCAAGUGUCCUAAUGUGAAGGACAAAUGGGCGGAGCCAGGAAAGCUGACAGCGAGGGUGACCUGGGACACGCCGGAGGGCGUGGACACGGCAGACGGCAUCCUCACCGACGUCAUUCUGAAAGGAAAACCCCCGAAGUCAGACUUCCCAGAGGGCCUCCACAAGAUGUCCUACACCGUGUUCGACCGCGCCGGCAACAAAGGCUCCUGCCGUUUCUCCGUCAGAGUACGAGUGCGCCGCUGCAGCCCUCUCUUUCCUCCCGACAACGGCUACAUGAAGUGCAACGGCGACGGGGACAACUACGGCGCCACCUGCGAUUUCACCUGCACCGGCGGCUUCGAGCUGCAGGGCAGCGCCGCCCGGGUCUGCCAGUACGGCCUCACCUGGUCCGGCUCCGACACCACCUGCACAGCCAUGAACAUCAACGUGGGAGUGCGCACGGCCGCCGCGCUGCUGGAUCAGUUCUACGAGAAGCGACGGCUCCUCAUCAUCUCAGCGCCGACCGCCGCCAAUCACAACUACCGCUUCCAGAUGACGAACCUGCAGCACGCCCAGUGCGGCCUGGACCUCAGACACAUGACGGUCAUCGAGCUGGUCGGGACGUAUCCUGCCCAGGUCGGCCGGAUCCGGCACAGACUGCUGCCCCCGGGCCUGGCUCUGCAGCUCCGGCUGCUCCUCCAGAUCCCCCAGCGCUCUUUCCAGAUGGUUCUGCUGGACAAGCAGGGCAUCGACAAGCAGCGCUACCCGUUCCCCAUCACCGCCGCCGAGCUGUUCACCACCGUCGACACCUUCCCCCUCCGCAAGGACGAGAUGGUGCUGCAGCAGCAGGCGGGCCAGACCUGCCAGUCGUGAACGCCCGGCGGCCAUCUUUGAUCCGUUUCCUCGUCCUUCAGCUGACCAGCGACAAGGCCGCCUCAGAUCCCCCGUUUGUGACUCCACGCCUCAUCCACACUCCUGCGUUAAGUCAUUGUGUGUGUGUGUGUGUGUGUGUGUGUGUGUGUGUGUGUGUGUGUGUGUGUGUGGCGUUGCUGAUCUGAGGCCGAUCUAACUGAAAUGGGUCACUCAUUACAGUCACAUUGAUUCCUGUGUCUUGUCUCUCUCUCUUUAUAUAUUUUAUAUGAUUGUCUCACAGCAGAAAUACGUCUCACUGUUUUCUACAACAAACUGUUUUUACUGUAUGAACUGGAAAACUUUCUCGCCUGUCUGAUAUUUAUGUCUCACUCCUUGGGUGCGUGUGUGUGUGCGCGUGUGUGUGUGAUGAACAGAGCAUCUGUACGUCUACGUCUGAAUUCACAAACACUGAUUAAAGCUGUGCAG